CAUCCUGCUGCUCACCCUCACCAUCCUCACCAUCUGGCUCUUCAAGCACCGCCGCGCGCGCUUCCUGCACGAGACCGGCCUGGCCAUGAUCUACGGUGUCCUGGUGGGUGUCAUCCUUCGCUAUGGAAUCCACGUUCCCAGUGAUGUUAACAACGUGACCCUAAGUUGCCAAGUGCAGACUAGCCCGGCCACGCUGUUAGUGAACGUUAGUGGGAAGUAUUACGAGUAUACCCUGAAAGGAGAAAUCAGUCCCCAGGAGCUCAAUAAUGUCCAGGAUAAUGAAAUGCUGAGAAAGGUGACAUUUGACCCUGAAGUAUUUUUCAAUAUCUUGCUCCCUCCAAUUAUAUUUUAUGCUGGAUACAGCUUAAAAAGGAGGCAUUUCUUCAGAAACCUGGGGUCAAUCCUAGCAUAUGCCUUUCUUGGAACUGCAAUAUCCUGUCUUAUGAUAGGCUCCAUCAUGUAUGGCUGCGUAGCCCUGAUGAAAGUCACUGGACAGCUUGGAGGGGAUUUUUACUUUACUGACUGUCUCUUAUUUGGUGCCAUCGUAUCAGCCACCGACCCAGUGACUGUUCUUGCCAUAUUCCAUGAACUUCAGGUUGAUGUUGAGCUGUAUGCCCUUCUCUUUGGCGAAAGUGUCCUCAAUGAUGCCGUUGCCAUAGUGCUGUCUUCUUCGAUCGUAGCAUACCAGCCAGCAGGUGACAACAGCCACACAUUUGACGUCAUGGCAAUGCUUAAGUCGAUUGGGAUCUUCCUUGGGAUAUUCAGUGGAUCCUUUGCGAUGGGAGCAGCUACUGGAGUAGUCACUGCUUUAGUCACCAAGUUCACGAAACUCCGCGAGUUCCCGUUGCUGGAAACAGGGUUGUUUUUCUUGAUGUCUUGGAGCACGUUCCUGCUGGCUGAAGCAUGUGGUUUUACAGGUGUGGUAGCAGUACUGUUCUGUGGGAUCACGCAAGCCCACUACACGUAUAACAACUUGUCUACUGAGUCCCAGCAUAGAACUAAACAGUUGUUUGAGCUUCUGAAUUUCUUGGCAGAAAACUUCAUCUUCUCCUACAUGGGACUCGCAUUGUUCACCUUCCAGAAUCACGUCUUUAACGCCACUUUUGUAGUAGGGGCUUUUCUUGCCAUCUUCCUGGGAAGAGCUGCUAACAUUUACCCUCUGUCCAUGUUACUUAAUUUGGGUAGAAGAAACAAGAUUGGAACAAAUAUCCAGCACAUGAUGAUGUUUGCUGGGCUGCGAGGAGCCAUGGCCUUUGCCUUGGCUAUUCGAGACACCGCUACCUACGCUAGACAGAUGAUGUUCAGCACAACGCUUCUCAUAGUGUUCUUCACUGUCUGGGUUUUUGGUGGUGGCACCACAGCCAUGUUAUCAUGCCUGAAUAUUAGAGUCGGAGUGGAUGCGGAUCAAGAAAACUUAGGGGUCCCAGAGAACGAGAGGAGGAGUACGAAAGCAGAAAGUGCCUGGCUGUUUAGGAUGUGGUACAACUUCGACCAUAACUAUUUAAAGCCUCUGUUGACACACAGUGGUCCUCCUCUCACAACUACGCUUCCUAGUUGUUGUGGACCUAUUGCCAGAUGCUUGACAAGUCCUCAGGCCUAUGAAAAUCAAGAGCAGCUGAAGGACGAUGAUUCUGAUCUUAUUUUGAACGACGGAGACAUCAGUUUGACAUACGGGGAUUCUACCGUGAACACUGAUUCUGUAACAUCUAGUGGUGCUUCACGGAGGUUUGCUGGAAACAGCUCUGAAGAAGCACUGGAUCGGGAGCUCGCUUUUGGGGAUCAUGAACUUGUAAUACGGGGAACACGCCUGGUUCUUCCCAUGGAUGAUUCUGAACCUCCAUCAAAUGUGCUCGAUAGCGCAAGACAUGGCCCAGCGUAAGAUUUAUUUUGUUUGGUUUAAUUGACAGUAAUAUUUGCAUAUAUGAUUAUGAAGAAAUAUGUACUACCUAAAAGCUAAUGCAUGUCUCAAAAUGUCUAAGCUGUAUAAAUAUUAUUUAUAUGGUGUCAGAAGAAUAUAAAUAUUCUCUACAAAGCAGCUUGUCAAGAGCAAGCUGCAGUUUCUUAAGUUAAAACCCAUCUGGACUGCACUGUGUAGAGUGGAACUGUUUUAGGAUAAGAAGCUUUGUGCCCAGUGAACUUCUUUUAAGGUGGUGUGGAAUAGGUUUUGAGGAGGACUUUAGGUCCGAGUUACUCAAAGUGGCUAACUUGAGUCCUAUUAGCAUUCAAAUUUCUGCCGAACGCUACCCAAAAUGCCAAAUGAAACGUUUUCUUUCUGUUGCUCUGCCUGCUCAGAGUGGAAAGGAGAAGUCAGCUAAAGAUGGGAAUUCCUUAUUUUUCACCCAAUAAUGGUUACGGUCUCUGAUCUUGAAAUAAUCACAUUAUAUUAUUGGCAAAAUGUCUCCUCAAAGACUGGCCUAAUAGUCUACUAGCCAGCUGCAUGCUGCACUGGAAGGGGAAAGGAAGCAUUUUGUUUUGAAGUGACUCACCCACUCUGCCCACGCCACUGUUGAGAGAGGGAAUGAUUGGCAUUGGCAAAAGCCACAUGCAGUCCAUCUCAAAUUGGAAAGCCGUGCAUCGCAGCAACCCGCCCACAGGUUGGAGUCCAGUUUCACUCUUCCAGAGAAGUUUUGUGUUUGCAGUAGCGUUUUGGAGGCAUUCACACAUGCGCUGCAUCAGGCUCAUUGCAGACGCUUGUAGUCGGUGAGUUUGCAUUUCAGUUGUAAAUUAAGCAGCUUUUUCUAGAAAUAGUAAAGCAAUUCUAAACGUAUUUGAAUUUUAAAUUCUGGGCAUUGACCAUGUCUUGUGUGAUUGAAGCUCUUUACUACUUAGUCACUGAGAUUGCUGAAUAGGUGUACAAGGCCCACAGUUCCACGCUAUACCCUGGAGGCAGAUCUAUCUAACCCCCCGUAAGCAUAAAGGUUUGUAGAUUGAAACCCUACUUGCAGAUUUCUUAAAAGGUACUUAAAAAAUUAAGUGGUACUGAAAGAGAGUUGUCCGUCCUCCUGUAUAGUUAAAAUCAUUGCACUUUGUUUGGUAACUUCUUAGCAUGCAGUGUGUCAAUAAUCUCCCUGAUCACUCAUGUCUCUUUCUGUUUAAUAACAAAUGUUUGUGAGCUGACAUGUUUUUUAUAUUUUUUCCAAGGAAGAGCACAGAACAAUUUGCUAUUUCACAUUAGUGUAUUAGAAAUUAUUCUACAGCAAUGGAAAUGGCUAAAGGUGCAGUGAACAUUUAAGAAGCCGCAAACUUUGUCUUAUUUUCCUUAAGAAAAGGUUGCGGCAAAGAAUUUACUGUGCAUAAUUUAAUUUACCUUUUACAUUAUCCAGCCUCCCUUCCACAGUCACAAAUGCACUCCAGGCCUGUUGCAAAGUUAGCUUGCAGUUUGUCAGAACGGGAACACACACCUGAGAGGAUACAAGACCUGCUCCUUGGAGGCACCGAGUGUUCAUGACUCCCAUUGACUUGUAUUUGAGAGGACUCUGCCCCUCUCAGGGUCAGGACUUGAGAUGUCAUUGCAGUUUUUUCCCCCCUUUUGGCUGUUUCCCCACAACUACUGCAACACUAACCAAGAGUGGAAGGCAUCGCGGGGAAAUAUUUAAACUUUGGCUGAGUGUAUGUUUCUAGUUCAGGAAAUAGAUUUAAACUUUUUUCAUUUUCUCAGGUCUAAGUAACAUUGCCUUAAAUUUACCGAAGUGGAACUAAUUUUUUUUUCCAGUUAAAUAUCCCCAAGGAAACACUUUUUUCUUUGUUCCUUUCCAAACAAAAUGUAUAGGUUUUUCUCCAUAGGACUCCUCUGUACCAAUGUACAUGCUGUUUAUAGUUAGGGAAAACAGAAUCUUCAUUGCACCCAGGAAAUGGCAGUUUUAGCUGUUAACGUAGCCAUUUGUUUAGUGCUAGCCUGUUUGUUUCCUGCUGUGCAGGAAUCCCAUGACGUGUGCAUUUUAUAUGACGUCUCUACCUUAACUUCAUGUUUAAAAAAGAAAAAGGAAAAAAAAAAGUUGAAAAUGUUGUUGUUUUGGUUUACUUCUACAUCUUUUUGUUUUAUUUUGCCUUUGUAAAGAGGUAUGCUAAACCUCUUGUUUUUUCCUGUCUAAUCUCGCUAUGAAUUCAAUUUACAAAACCCACGAAGAUAUUACAGGCGCUGCUGUUCUGAUCUGCUUUUGAUGAAGGCACACCCACCAGCUGAUAUUCCUCUGUUCCUAAAUAAUUGGAGGAAUUUGUUUGCCUCCUGCUCUCUUCCCCUGGAGAAUCCACUGUCAGAGCAGUCUAAUUCUCCAGCUUUGUCUGUUGACCUUCAUGGAGAAUCCUUGUGCCUCCAAAUCCCAUCCACAAUCCCACUGCUCGAGUUCCUCUUCGAGUCUCAGUGCAGGGCGCUAAAGGGCUCCAAGGGCUAGAGCUGAGCUAGAAAUCAAUGGCAAAACUCUCCUUGGCCUUGUCUAGGGUUUUGCCUACACUUCAGAGCCUCUGCUGCUGCAGCUGCACUGGUAUAGCUCCGUCAGCAGAGCCCCUAGUGUUGGCGUAUGUCUUUAAAGCCUAAUGUCAGUGAGAAACUAAGACUGAGAACCAUGCCUUCAUUCAUAGAUUGUCAGGGGCUGGAAGGGACCUUGAAGAUCAUCGGGUCCAGCCAUCAUCGGUUCAUCUCUCACUCGAUAGCACUGGGCACUGCCCCUACGCCACAGUUAACUUUUCUAAUUGACUGGUGUGCAAGUGCUCCUUUAUUUCUCUCUCCAACCUUAAUGCUUUAUCUUCUGUUGGUAUUUGCCAACGUGUUACCUUAUUCCUUAACAAUUUUGGUCAGCAUCAUGAGGUCUCCCAAAUACAGAAAAAGAUAUUAACAGUUUGGAGGCUCCAGGCAUUAUACUGCGUGUGAAACAUUAUAUAAGGGGAUUUUUUUUUUUUAAAUGAAAGCUGGACCAGUGGGUGAAUAAACCUAAUCCUGAAAUCUAGAAGGGAUUCAACAGGAACAACCCAAAUUGGUAGGAAACUGAUGGUUUUCUUUCUUUGGUUGCCGUUAAGAAUGCGUGGAGCUGGAUCUUGAGAUGCUGAGCAUCUUCAGGUGAAACUGAGUGCUCAGCCCCUCUCAAAGUCUGGCCCUGAGACCCUUUGCCAAAUACAUAAGACAGCCUCUCGCAUAAUUCUGCAGCUCAAAUAAAGAGGUGGAGAAGUCACCUCUUUGGAGUCUUCUCGUCUGUAAAUUGAAUUUGUAUGGGUUUUUUGCACAUGAAAAAGCACUAUAGGUUCAGUUAUGGUUUAUACUAGUAUUGUUGAAUUGUCCGGUAAUGGCAUUAACCUCAGUAGUUGUGGUGUUUGUGCAGCUGAUUCGUGAUAGCUGGUGAUCAUUUUUGCACCUUUUGUUUACACUGACUAAAUCUUUUACUGUUACAUUGUACUGUGAAAGAAGGAUUAUGGGCCUAUAAAUGUUUUUUUUUUUCCUUGAAUAAGUCUGUACUGUUUCUUUAAUUCACAAGGAAAUAAAUCUGUAAGAAAUUUAA